CUCCGCUCCAAACUAUAUCGCCGGCACACAACUCUCAACAUUUUAUACACCUCGUUGGCCAGCAACCACACCAAGAAUAACAACGAACAGCACAACACAAGCCAUCUCCACACGCUGGCACAAUCGGCCCUGCUAUCGGACCAUUCCCCUCUUCCAAGCCAUCCUCAUGACAACGUUCUUUGUCCUUUCUCUACACGCAUGCACCCAAGAACAAGCUUGAAGUCGAAAAUGCAGUUUCGACCAGCGCACUGUGACCAAAAUGCUACAAGCAGGAGCGUGUAGCUAGAUGCGGACCAUUGGUUUGCGAAGUAUAUGGUCGCCCCUAUAAACAUUGCUUCGCUGACUGCGUGCAGACAUUGCCCCCCUGCUAGCUCCAAGCUCUUGACACUUGAUGGGGCGGCUAUCGACGUGGCUCUCUGGAUUGUGGGCGGGUUGUACGGAACGCCUAGGUGCGCUGAAGGUUGUAGUCACAAUUGGAUGUGCUCGGGGUGUGACUCAAUAAGGAAAGAUACCCACGGGACCGCAGUGCCUCUACGUGCACGCAGGAACGUCGCGCUUCAAAUGCUUACGUAGCCGACUCAGGAAGGGGACAGCCGCGUUUUCAAGGUACCUUGGGUGUACGUUGAAGCAGGAAAGGAGUGGACGGGUCGGGUCCUCUGUGUACCUGCAUGGGUUACAGCCGGUAAGUGAGAAAGAGGCAUAAAGGCGUCUUUGUUCGACACUGCCGGAGUAUAUUACUCAAUCAGGCAAGAAGCGGGAGGGGGAAAGGGCGACGAUACAAGGGCGACAGUGUUCGACGUUCCUGCCCAAAUGCCGACUUCGGUAUUCGGAUUGACGUAACUCACGAUGA